AUGGCUACGAUUCCCGAGCCAUUCUUUGGCACAUUCAAAUUGGAGAAAAGCGAAAAGUUUGAUGAAUAUUUGGCUUCUCGAGGGGUCAACUGGUUCAUCAGAAAGAUGAUUCAGAUGUCAUCUAUCACCAAGGUCGUAAUCCCAGGGACUGAAGGUACCUAUACUUUCUUGAACAAGAGCAGUAAAGCCGAUUUGAAGUACGAGAAUGUCAAGUUGGGUCAAGAAUUCGAAGACAAAGGAUUCGACGGUGCUUUACACAAGGUAUGCAGUUAAUAUCUUUAAAUAUUGUAGUAAUUCAAGGACCUUAAAAGUCUUUAUUCUUGUUGUAUUACUGUAUAUACUUUCAAUUAAAUUUAUUUACUGUUGCAGAUAACUUUCGACAUGGAUGGUGACAAUGUCUUGACCGAGAAGCAUAUCAGGUUGGACCGUCCUGGAGAGCCUGGAGAAACAUAUCGCUACACAAUUGAUGGCAACUACCUCAUCUUGGUGAGUAACCUUAACAUGACAAUCAGUGCUCGACCUUUAGCAUGACCGUGUUUGUAAUUACAAGUAUUAUACUAUUUUUAGGGAGCAGAACUUUUCGGGUAGGGACAUUUAGGGUCGCGACUUUUCGGGUAAUGGAUAUUUCGGGCAAUGGUAAUUUCGGGUAGGGAUUGUUCGGGUAGCUACUUUUCGGGUUAUCGACAUUUCGGGUAGGAACUUUACGUGUAAUUUAUAAUAUUAAGUUACGGAUAAUUACCAUAAAAUUUCCAAACUUAAAAUCAUGACUUACAAUGUUAAAAAUCGUAACUAAAAUCUUUUUUUAAAAAUUGAAAAAAACAAACGUCGAAUGUUAACUAGAAUACUGUGAAUGUUAUCGUACCGUGCCGUGAACGUUAUAAUGUUACCUUUUUUGAAGUGCGAUGGUAACGCUAUCUUACAUCACAUACUUUUGCAAAUCAUUACAAAAACCGUAACAUCAGAACGUUCACAGCACGGUACGAUAACGUUCAUAGUAUUAACGGUACGAUGUCUACGUUCACGGUACAAUGUCAACGUUAACGAUACUUAAUAAUAAAGAGAGUACUGUAUAUUAUUAAUUAUUUAAUUUUUUAGUUCUUUAAAAAACACUAUAAUUACGAUUUUUGAUAUUGUAAGUCAUGAUUUUAAGUUUGGAAAUUUUAUGGUAAUUAUACAUAACUUAAUAUUUUAAAUUACACAAAACGUUCCUACCCGAAAUGUCGAUAACCCGAAAAGUAGCUACCCGAACAAUCCCUACCCGAAAUUACCAUUGCCCGAAAUAUACUUUACCCGAAAAGCUAUUACCCGAAAAGCUCUUACCCGAAAAGUCCUACCCGAAAAGUCGCUACCAGUAAUGUCCUUACCCGAGACAUCACUAACCCCUAUUUUUAUGAGACAAUGGCGGCACUAAUGACUUUUGUUUAUUCGUUUGUUUUAAAUUGUUUCUAUGUCAUUUCGAAGUGAAUGCAAACAAAUCAGCCAGUGUAAUGUCGAAUUUUCAGGCCCUGACAAACGGCGACAUCACUGCCAAGAGAUUCUUCAAAAAGACGGACUAA